GUGGCUGCCUUAGUCAGGCCGAUCUCUCUUCAUCUUCAUCUGCCUACUUCCUACUUACCUACUCUCGUUCUGUUUGAUUCUUCUGUCCCUCCGAGUCAAUUGCUUUUCUCGUGUCUAUUAUCUUAUCCGGUCGUCAUAUCGGUGGCCCAGAGCAUGAAGUUCUGAACCCCCGUCCAUUGCGGCUCCCAUGCGCUGCAUUCUCCCCUGAUCCCUCGAUCGAGCCGACCCCAGGCACACACGUCCGUUCGCCAUGUCCUUCAAAGCCAAGGACCUGACAUACGAUUCCAAGGAACCGGCCUUCCUGCAGCGACUCAAGAACCAGUACGGAAACUCCACGGGACGCCUAGAGCGUCCGGCCGCUCGGCCGCGCUUGGCCAAAGGGAAUGACGAGGACGAUGCGCCAACGUAUGUCGAUGAGGAGAGCAACGAGGUUCUGACCAAGGAGGAGUAUGAGGCUCUCGUCCGAGGCGGCGACCCCCAGAAGGCCGGAGAGGCGACCGAUGGCGCCACCCCCCAGCAACGAGAGGAACCGUCCGUGGGGGACAAUCCCACCGACAAGGCACGCGCGACACCCAAGCAGAAUGUGGUCGACGUCAGCGGUCCCAGGAAACGGAAACAGGCCAAGGUGGUAGGGGAGGAGUCCUCCGCCGGGCGAGACCAGACGCCGCCCAAGGAGCUCGCAUCCACCAAGCCCAAGGGGAAGAAAAAGAAAAUCAAACUGUCCUUUGACGACGCGUAACACCAUACUUUUCCCAGUAUUGUCUUUUCCAUGAGAUAUCACGGGGG